CCAGGUGUUGUUUGAGAGCAACUGCGACAAAAUGAAAUGCCAUCAGAUUCUUACUGGCGCUUGCAAUGCUGGCGACCGUUGUUUUGCUGUUGGGAGUGUGGAGGGAGUGCCAUUUAUGGCUUAUGCUGCUGGUUGCAACAUUGUUAUUUUGGCCAGCACAUAUGAACGUGUCCAGGUGAUUCCUGGUGUGUGUCAUGACAAUGUACAGAUAUCGUGUGUGGACUGUUCUUCUGACACUGGAAAAAUAGCAGCUGCUUAUGGAAAACUUGUUUGCAUAUUUGAACCCACACCUCUAGUGAAUCAGAUGAAUGGCCAUCGACUUGACUACCGCUGGAUUCAAACUGGAGUUAUUGAGGCAGAGAAUUACAUAAAUACCUUGUCAUGGAAUGUGGAAGGAACAAGGUUAUUGACAGCAGGGGAUGUUCUACAGAUGUGGGCUGCUCCACUGGCAAGACUUGCACCUGCACAAGAUGGUUCAUGUCCUGUGACAUUUGAUUUGGAAUGCGAGGGCUCAGACGAGGAGGAACCGAUGUGGAUUUGUGUGUGGCGGUGUGUGACAGCUGCCCCGACUGUUUUUUUGUCUUUUUCUCCAGACGGCACUCUCUUUGCCACAGCUGCAGCUAGUGAUCGAUUGGUCAAAAUCUGGUACGACAAUAAGCAUAUGUUGGCUCCUGCAAGACCCCAAGAUGGUAUAAAUUUGUGCAGUGAGAUGAGCCAAUCACCUGUCAGUUACAGCUACAUUUACUUACCACAUCCAAGUGCUGUAAAAGGGUUCACCUGGAGAGCUACCAGCAAGUACAUGCCAAAGGGGAGUGUAAGCAACAUGUUGGUGACGUCGUGCCGUGACAACAUCAGUCGGGUGUGGGUGGAGACUGUGUUGCCAGAUGAUGACUUGGUUUCUCUCCUCCAUCUUGAUCCUGCAGCAGCUCAGAACCCUCGCUUCCGAACACACCGACACAAACAUCGUUUUAUGCAGAGGCUGAAACACAUGAAGGCAUGUUUCCAGAUGAGACGUCACGUUAAGUCUGCAGGCUCAGUCAUUAUUGGAGGUCUUGGUGGCAGUGGUACACAACCACUUCCUACUAUUCCUUCAUCAUAUUCUGUUCAUGAUUUCCAUAUGUAUGGAGUUCAUGCUAUGGGCAUUACUCCAGGAGACAUGUGUGGUGAGCAGAGAAGCAGCAUCCUAGGAGAGAAUGAAGGAGGAAUACAUACAGGAGAGUUCCCACACGAGCAUCUGGGGAGUGUACCAGGUUUCCAGUUCCACUUGGCAGCUUCAAUCAAUGCAGAAACUGACAUUCCUCUGGUACCAAGCAUCAGUGGUGUGACCACCACAGGAGAGGCAGAACAAAGUUUUGUAAUCCACUGGCUCAACAACAAGGAAAUGCACUUCACUUCAGAAGCAGAAAACAUUCUUUUGGAGAUAAGUCGACGUGCCAUGGAAAAAGAAACUGCAUCAUUGGAUCACGAUCGCCACUCUGAAAUCAGUGAUCCUGAGGAUCCUCGGCUACGAGCAACUGCUAACGUGCGUCUGGGGUCACGCACUCCUUCCCACAUGACGAGUCGAACUCGUAGUAUCGAUGACGAUGAUCCUGUGAGCCAACACUCUGCAUCAGCUCGUUCUCAUCAGCCACUGAGUGCUGCUACCUCUUCUACUUCCAUUGCAACUGAUGUCACUACUGCAACUACUUCAGCUCUUGGAGAUGCCCUGGACCGCCGCAUUGAGAUAUUACUCCGGGACUGGCACCAAACAUCCGAUGUCCUUUUUUCCAUUCAUCCUGUGGACGGAUCACUUCUGGUAUGGAUUGUGGACUUCCUUGAUGACUAUCCAGGCUCUUUCCGUCAAGCACAAGUCUCAUUCAGUGCAAGGAUUCCUAAUGCUCUUCCUCUUGGAGAUGCAAUGACUAUGUCACCAAAUCUGGCAAUCUACAAUGGCACAACUCCAUCAUUCCUCAAGCAGUUACUUAAAUUGGAACUCGCACAUGAAGAGGAACUUCGUGGAGGGAAGAAUAAGAGUAAGAGUAACUUAACACUGGCAAGUAAUGAAGAGCGCGAUGUUCUGAGUGGUGCAAGUAACCCCUCACCCAUCAUCUCCAUGACAACAAAACACAGUAAUGGCUCUCUCAAUCUCUGGCAUCUCACUGUAGCUGAAGGAUCAAGGUUUACCCAGGUCCUUAAUAUAUCUCACUUUACACGAGUGUGUGGUCAUCGCUUCCAACUGAAUGAUAUAAAAUGUCACCCAGUCUUGCCACUACUUCUCUCUACUUCUCACCACAACAAGCGAGAAAUUUCUCCUGGUAAUCCACCUAGUACUGACGAAACUCCUUUAAUAUGUAUUCAGGAUUCAACUUACAAAGACUGGUGCAGCGAGUUAAUAUUGUGGCGUGUUGAUGCCGUAGGACCAUUAAGCAAAUCAGGUGGCGUUACCGAAUUGGCACGAAUUAACUCGCCACAAGUGUCGGCCUUUUCCAAUGCUGCCUGGAUUCCCACACUCCUACCAAGUACCACCCUUGGAAGUGUGUCCAACUCUCCUUCUGCUUGCUUUGUUGCCUCUGAUGGUGAGUGUUUGCGAGUUUAUCAAGCUGUGAUUGAUGGCCGAGCGCUGCUAGCAGAAAUAUCUACUGCUGAGCGCAAGAAACGCAUGAUGGAGUCUACUUUAAGUCUCUCCACCGAUAGCUCUCUACAAGAACAAGCUGGACAAGUGAACUUAGCUGAUAUUUUUGACAUAGUAUCAGAACAAUCAACUGCACGUCCUGGUUGUGUCAUUGAGCUGGAUGCCAUUGGUGAUGCAACAAAUGACUGGCAAAAUACACAGUUCCUUCAUGUUUUUCAAGAAGGCCUCAUCCGAGGAGAAUGUGGAUCAUCUGUAGGUGAGGAAUCUCCCAGCAUAUUUGAUCCCACUCAUGCCCCCAUGGUGGACCUAAACUCUUCUGCGAAGUUUGAAGAACCUUUCUACAUUACUCUACUGGAGAAAACUGCUUUUGGCUCAGUAAUGCAUGUGUGGCGACUGGUUAUUGCUUCUGAACAUCACGCUCCUGAGAUCUGUGAGGACGAGGAUGGUCGUGGGUCUGGUCGCAGUACACCUGUAAUUGAUAACAUAACAGCAAACAUUGAUGCAUCUCCCAUCGCAAUUACCACAACCAAGAUUUGUUCAUAUCCACUGCCACUUCCCACUGGAGUACAAGUAAUCCAUGCAUCACCAGCUGCUGGCCACCUGAGCUCUGCUUCCAUAUACCCAGCAUGCUAUGCACCGUAUGUGCUGGUGACCGCUUGUUCUGAUAACACUGUCCGCUUCUGGAGGUGCCGCAUGUCUGGUGAGGGAGAAAACUUCCAGAUCCAGUGGCAAGAAUGGCAUAUGAUUAGCAAAGAUGGCAAGAGUGCUAUUAAAGUGCCAGGCCUACCUCUUCACGUGAGUGCAGCAUAUAGUGGUAGGAUUGCUUGUGCUUACCAAACACCAGGACAGGACUCUGCAUUUUCUACAGGAUCAGAUGGCAGUAUACAGUUUUCAUGCUCAUUAGCCAUCUACGAGUGUGAAUCAACAGGAGGAUCACAGUGGGUGCUGGAAGACAAGUUUGAUAUACAAGAUAUCGUGAGCAAUCCUGGAGAAUGUAGCAUGGCUGAUCUUGAUCUUGCUUACCUUUCAAAAGUUGCUCAGGGACGCUCCACCACCAGACUGACAUCUACUUUAAGCUCGGAGGACUUGUCACAAGCAUAUCAUACGUCAUCUGUGUUCUCAGUUGAUGCCAUACAUUCUGUGUCUAGUCAGUUGUUAGUCCCAAGUCCCAGUACUCUGCACUCGCUUCGUAAUCAGCGCUUUGACAAACGGGGCGUUAGUGUGAAGCAAAAACAUCCUGUUCAAAUUGACUGGGUGUCACAAGAGGAUGGCUCACACCUCUUGACAGUUGCUAUUGGCACUAAGAUUUUGGCAUACACAAGUGUCGCAGAUGACAUAGCUAUGGUGAGCUGUCAGGGCAAAAUGAAGGAUAAAGAAUCUCGGCCUCGUCCAGUGUUGCAGAAAUCCCUCUCUUUGCAUGCACUCUCAGACACUAAUUUACCAAGAUGGAUGAGGUUAGAGAAACUGUCACUGACAACAGCUGAUGGACUGGCACCUCUGCCAAUGCAGAUGUCUUGGGUGCGGGAUGGCAUCUUGGUCGUUGGAAUGGAUAACGAAAUGCAUGUUUAUUCUCAGUGGCACGUUCCAGGUAAUGAUUCAUUAUACGAUCAGAAGAAUAUACAACAACAACAGCAAGAAGCGGUGAAUGCUAAGGAUGAGGGUCGAGAAUUGACGAAGGCAGACCUGAAAUUAUAUCUGCAAGAGUCAUCACACAGUGCUAAAUCUGCUACUUCAAUGUCACAUGUUGCAUCCUUCUCAAUUCUGUCUGCUCUCGAUAAUAAAAUGAAAAAAGGUUUAGGCGAAGUAAUGAGCGCUCCAGUGGAUGAUGCAGAUAGUGCUGCGAUAUCAGGAAUAUUUGAGGCCAGCCACAUAGCCUCUCCAGUGUUGCCACAGUAUCACCCUAGACAACUGAUGGAACUUCUUAACUGUGGCAAAAUACGCCGUGUUAAGGCCAUUCUUGCACACUUGGUCAGGUGUCUUUCACAACUAGGCCAGAGAAGCACUGAUUCUGCUUACCGCUCGAGCCUCUCAGAUGCCGAAGAUAAUCGCAAUCGUAACUGGUCACGGUCCCGCACUCUUUCUAUGUCUGGCAAUCAAGGAGGUUCUACAAGUCGAGAUGGACGAGGAUCCGUCACACUGUUACCUGAGGAACUAACGCUGGACUACAUUGAAGUGACGGCUAUUCCUCCUCUGCCACUCUGGCUGCUGCUUGAGGCUGACAAAGAUACACAAAAUCAGCAGACUAAGAAAACAGAUAAUAAAGAAGAUACAUAUGUGGAGUUGUUUGGAACUCCAACUAUAUCUGUAGAUGAGGAUCUUACCUUGGACGAUGAAGAAGAUAUUGGCAGUAGGCGCAAAUCAUUGUCACAUGAGGUCAAGAGUAUUGCAUUCUUUGGACCACGUCAGGCUCAGAUUUUGGCUGCCCUUCUCACCCACACUCACCUUCCUGGCCUCUCCAGUCUUGAUCAAAUGCACUUGUUGGCCUUAGCUGACACUGUGGCCUCGUGUAAUGUGGACUUUGCCGACCGCUUUGAUAUUAAUAAAGCCAAGGAAGCCUUAGCAAAGGAAACCUUUUCCAGGACAAGCACAGAUGAGCCUUCCAUGGAGACACUGGAUGACUGUGGUUUACGUUUCCUGCUGGCCAUGCGUCACCACACAUAUUUGCUAAGAUGCUUGCCCAUUGCCCAGCGAGCAGCUCUGCAGAAAGGGGGCAUUGGUAGCCAUAAUUUUGUAUGGGCCUUCCACUCAGAGAGUCAAGAAGAACUUCUUGAUUUUAUCCCAUCUAUGAGACAGGGUAACCCACGUUGGGCAGAGUUACGGGAAUUAGGAUUUGGAUGGUGGGUCAGUAACACUACAAUCUUAACCCGCUGCUUUAACAAGAUUGCAAAAGUUGCAUUCCUUGCAAAGAAUGAUCCCCUGGAUGCUGCUAUAUACUACCUUGCCAUGAAAAAGAAGAAUCUAGUGUGGGGUCUCUUUCGCUCAAUUGAUGAUAAACGAAUGACGAGCUUUUUUUCCAACAAUUUUACCGAGGAACGGUGGCGAAAAGCAGCAUUAAAGAAUGCCUUUGCCUUGUUAGGGAAGCAACGUUUUGAACAUGCUGCUGCAUUCUUCCUCUUGGCUGGAUCACUCAAGGAUGCUCUGGAGGUGGUUCUGAAUAAACUUCAGGAUGAACAACUAGCUAUAGUAAUAAUACGUCUGUAUGAAGGAGAGUAUGAGGCUGUUCCCCCAACUCUCAGCAAACUUCUCUAUACUAGGAUUUUGGGAAAAGAUGACAAUGGCGAAAAUAUUGAUUUGACGAAAGUUCAUCCCAAUCCUUUCUUCCGCUCGGUGGCAUACUGGAUGAUAAAAGACUAUAGCAACUCUUUAAAUACACUGCUUCAAACUGAUGCUUCACUGGGUAUACACCACCCAGACUAUGUGGUCACUAAGUCCUCCACAACAAGUAGGGUUAGUGCAGCUGAUCCAAGUGUGUUUAACUUUUACAUUUACCUGAGGACUCACCCACUGCUGAUACGACAAUGUAUUGCAAAUACUGCAAAGGGAGGAGGAGGCUCACUAAUGGCAUCCCGCCUUGGGACAGGUCAAGACAUGCUUGACAAAAAGAGUGUGUAUGAGAGUAGCAUGACCCCUCUGGAGAGGCAGCUGUACUUCACCACAGCCCAUGCUCACCUGCGUUCUGGCUGCCCAACACUUGCACUUGAGGUCUUGUCCAAGUUACCUGACAAUGUAAUUGAUCUAGAGAAUCCUGAUACUGGAGAUCUUUUGGGAAGUCCAUCAAAAGAGCACAAACCUGCCUUUGAGUUAAUAGACAGUGGAACCCUUGAAAGUGGCGCCUCCUUUGAACGCAGCAGCCGUGUAGAUGAUGGCCAAGAUACAUCUGCUAAUCUCUUUACCUUCAGCUCAGGGUUUGGUUCAGCCACCACAGGAGAGUUUGACUGGUCUGCUCCAGCAUCACUUAGGAAAACGAAAGGUGAUGAUGAGCUGGAUCUGGACUUUUCUCUGGCUGAUGAUGAUGAUGAUGAGGAGGAGGGGGAGGAGGAACACAAACCACAGGACAGAGUGUCCCAGGCCAGUGAUGAAGGACCUUCAGAGGCAAGCAAAAAGCAUUUGGAUAUAAUGGCACAGCAAUUGAAAUUUGUGUCAUGUCUCAAGAUGAUGAUGGAGGAACUUGCAACUCUUGCCACUGGCUGUGAGGUGGAUGGUGGCCAGCUGAGGUACCAGCUGUAUGUGUGGCUUGAGAGAGAAGUGGAAGCUCUCAAGGAGGUUUGCAACUACUGCAGUGCCCUCCACAUAGGGGCGAACUGCGAGUUGUGGCAAGACACCUGGUGGGGUGAGUAUAGCUCGGCUGGCACUCAUGAUCUCCUUCAGUCUCUGGUGGAAAUAUCAGGUGUUUCUCAGACAAAUGCAAGACUUAUGUGCCAUGCUGCUAUCUUGCGCAACUUGGCUGCAGCUUUAUCUGCCUGCAUAUACCAGUCACUCUGUGACUCGGAGACUUUCACUAUCAAGGCUCCACACAGCAACAAAACACCUGGGGUCCUGGCACCAACGCAUAUCACCAGCAAAGAUAGAGUGGCUGCCUUGGGAGUGGACAUACAACACGUUACCGUGGCUCACCGUGAAUCUCACUUGGUUGGGCGUGAUCCACGAACUGGUGCUCCUCAUGAAGAAGAACCACUGACUGUAUGCACUAUCCCAGCUAAGUGGCCUGGUGUGACUUCACUCUUAGCCUUGGUUGCUCGAGAACGUGAUGAAGACACCCCAAAGCUAAAUCUUCUUCUUUGUGAAGCAUUUGUUGCUGUGUACCUAAGUCUUCUAAUACACGGUUUAGUAGCAAGCGAUGCCUAUGUUCUGUACCGUCUUGUUGCUCGCCCAAUAACAGAAAAAGACUGGGCAACACUCUUUGGAGGGGGCGUUAAAAAGCAGCUCAAAGUUAUCACCAAUGUUUUACCUAGUCAAAGCUCUGUGGAGAGAGAAGGCACUGGUGGGGCUUCAGUAAGUGGAGAAAGAAUUUUGUCUACAAUAUCAAACCUUCAUAAGACUCGCAUAAAGUUCAACAUGAAACUUUUGGGUCAGUUGGGUUUCCAAGACCCACGUGGCUUCUCUAGUGAUGGGGAAACCAAGCCAGCGUACAGGGAGCAGUUCUUGCCUCCUGAAAUGUCCAUUGUGUCACUCCUCAUGAAGAAGGUAGGUACUGGCUCUUAUCUUUUUUUGUAUGUGAAUGAUAGACUCUGUAAAAUCACUUGGAAGUUCUUCAACCAGACACAACUUGCAGUGACUGGUGGAGCAUCACUUCCAUCAGUGUUGACGGAAAACACAGAGCACAGUGAUGCAGAUUCCUAUUCUUGGUGCUUACUGAGGCUAGCCACUCUUCGUGCAGCCAAGAUGGUGGUAGGACGCUUCCUUGAAGUUGCUGGGGUCGAGUUACUUGGUAAGGGAAAAAAAGAGUUGCCAAUGCAAAGUCCACUUCUCCAUUCUAUUUUGCGGACUUUGGACCAGUGGCUGGAUGCCCUAGUGACACACAUAGAGAGCAAGAAAGGUCCUCCACCAGAGUACAUUCCUGGAUGCUUUGCUGAGUCUCAGGUGGUUGGGCCGGCCAUUUUGAAAUAUCGUGGACUUUUGGAAACUCAUAAUACACCAUUUGAGCGUAAUAAGAAAGGAGUGAAGCCAGUGGAGAGGUUAUGGAAUUACCUUGUCAGGCAGGAGGAAGUUCAGGAAGUUUUUGUGAGGUAUAUCUUUGGUCGCAAAAGACCAACACCUGAGCCUGUCCAGUACUCAGACCACGGGGAGGAAGUUAUGAGUGAUGUGGGUGAUGGUGUAGAUGGCUCUGGGACAGGUGAAGGAGGAUCUGAGAUGGGUGCUGCAGAGAAUCAAGAACCCUCCGAACAUGGAGCUCCUCCAUUGGAAAGUGCAGUUCAAUCUCUCGAGCCACUGCGCAUUAUCCACAAGGAACAGGACUCCAUUACUGCUUUUUGCAUCAAUAAGACUCCACCACAGACUCCACCACAGACUCCACCACAGACUCCACCACUGCCUCCACCACUGCCUCCACCACUGCCUCCACCACUGCCUCCACCACUGCCUCCACCACUGCCUCCACCACUGCCUCCACCACUGCCUCCACCACUGCCUCAACCACUUCCUCAACCACUGCGAGUCCCUACUACCCUCCCUCCGACCCCCACAACUGGCAGCGUUAAUGCUGGGUUGAUGGCUGUAGCAACUGUGCGUGAGGUGCAAGAACUCAAUGUCUCACUAUUGUUGGAUCAUCCUACUUGGCUCACUAAUGAGUGUGAACUAGAUGUCUUAUCUCUAAACAGAGAACCAGACAGUGUGCCAUCAUCAAACUUCUUGGUUGUACAGACUCCUAUGGAUAAGAAUAUUUUGGAUCCUACCAAGGGAGGUAUUGAUGGGCAUUUGUCGUCGUCAUCAAGCAUCAACCUCUCAGGCAUGGGCGGACCUUCUAUUGGACAGACAGGAAGAGGCACUAAUGUGUUGAAGGAGUUUAAAGGGGUCCAUUUCCCUGGCUCCAACAACCCUCGUUUCUGUCGCUUCGUAUGGGAACGCAGUCGCCAUUGCCUGAAGCCGUUGCUGUGUCAUCGUAUAGAAGGAACCCGCCGGAUGACGUCUCAUCCUGUCUUGCCGCUGUACCUGCUAGGGUGUCAGGAUGGCUCUGUGGUUGUUAGAGAGUGGCACCAUAGUGCAGUUGUAGCUCGACCUCGUCCGGGUGGCACGUUUGCUAAGGUGGCCAGAGUGCAGUUCAACCAGCAAGGUAACAAGUUUGGAGUCAUUGAUGGUGAUGGAAACUUGUCUCUGUACCAGCUGGGACUGGCAUCACAAGUCAACAAACCUUUCUAUACACACCAGUGCCACAACAAGCAUGGAAGUGACUUUGUGUUUGUGGGGUCGUCAAGUCUCCUUGCUACAGCUGGACAGUCAUCAGAACAUCGUAAUGUAGCUCUCUGGGAUACAUUACUGCCACAGAGGAAAGCUAAUGUUGUAUCUUGGAAUUGUCAUGAAAGUGGUGCCUCAGCAUUGCUGUUUGCCCCUCAGCACCAAGUGAUUCUUUCAGCUGGCAAGAAAGGUACUGUCUGCAUCUUUGAUGUUAGACAGCGGACUCUGAGACACAAGUUUCAGGCACAUGACGCAGCCAUUAAAUGUAUGGCUCUGGAUCAGAGUGAAGAAUUCUUCUGUACUGGAUCUGCUGAUGGAGACAUCAAGGUUUGGGGUCUUUCCAUACACAAUUUAAUCUACAAUUUGCCUGGAGAACAUUCCCGUUCAUCCCUCUUCAAGAAUUUGAGUCAAGGUGUAACCCAACUGCAGCUGGAUACUAACAACAGACUAUUCUCAUGUGGUGCUGAUGGCUCCAUUAAAUUAAGGCAGUUACCAGAAAGAGAUCUCAACUUCAGCCACAUUUAAAGGACUUGCAACAAGGGAGGAUAGUGGAAGUUUUCAGAUGCAAGACAGUGUCUACAUAAUAUACUUGGUAACUGCAUGAUGGACCAGUUCAAGGAUUUCAAGUUUCAAACAAUUACAGCACUGAUUAGUGGGAAAGCAUUCAACCAAGUGACUGGGAGGCAAUUAAUACUUGAUUCAGGGAAUGGGAGAGCAGCUCCAAGACCUUCGAUCAAGAGACUUCGAACAUCUAGGCACUUCCUACCUGUUCCCUUUGAAGGGUGCACACAAAAAUUUUUAGUGUAGUUGCAUUUCUUUAUUGUAAGUAGUUAUAAAAACUUUCAGAAUAUAAAAUGUGAAGUACUAUAUAUAUAUACACACACACACACACACACACACACAUGCAGUAUUCCAGUUUUAACUGUAUGAUAGUAUGUUUUUCUUCCACGUAUUUGUUAAAAUGGUUGUUGCUAAAUUAUGAAUAAUAACAGUAUGUACAUAAUAUUUAUUUAUUGUAAUACAUGAGCAUUAAGUUAGGAAAUCUUGUAAUGGUAGACGGUAUGGAAUUACUGACAAGUUAUAAUCGAUACUAACACCCAGAUAGCAAUCGGAAACUUUAACACGACUACAUGCACACUUAGGGGUAAUAAGAAAAUAUUAGAGAAGCUUAUUGGCCCAUGGUGGGUACCUUUUGAGACACUUGCACAUUCAGCAGUGCUGGUAAUAGUGGUCAGUAGUUUUUGGCAGUAUACCUGGUUGAUUAUUUAUAUCUAGAGGUUUUGUCUAUUGGAAACUGCCUUGGUUCUCUGUGAUGUCUUGAUGAGAGCUGUUGCAGUGCCAUUUCUUUUGCAUUUUUCCAUUCUUUUAUUACAAAUUUUGAUUUGGAAAAUCUUGUCAGAUGGAGGAGUGAAUUUCUAUAUUGGACAUGCACAUUGUUGUUUUUUUCCUUCUAAAGAGGUCACAGGUUUUAGAAAGGUUGCGACAAC